AUGUUAAAAGGCUUUUUGUGUAAACAGGCUCGAGUAGCUUUGGAGCGCAGACUGUCGCCUUUUUGUGACGGUAAAAUCACGUCUACAUGUAAUUGGGAGCAUGCUGUUAAGCACAUACAAAGCGAUCCCCGUUUCCGCAUCCUUACCAAGGUGUCAGAAAAGAAGCAGCUGUUCAACGCAUGGAAGGUCCAGCGUCAGAAGGAGGAGAGGGACGAAAAACGUCUUGCAAUAAAGAAAGCAAAGGAGAAUCUGGAAAAAUGGCUGCAAGACCAUCCAAAGAUGAAGCCUGGCUUGAAAUACAUGAGAGCACGAGAGAUAUUCAGUAAGGAGGCGGUUUGGCAAGCAGUGCAUGAAGAUGAUAGACAGGAUAUCUUCCGCGAAGCUUUGGCUUACGUCACCAAAAGGGAUGCUGACAUGAAUAGAGAAACUAGAAAACGCAAUAUCAAAGCACUGGCGGAAAUACUGGAAAGCAUGGAUCAGAUCACCUACAAAACCACUUGGGCACAAGCUCAGCGGCUGCUCAUAGAAAACCCUCAGUUUGCCGAUGAUACUACCCUACAGAGCAUGGAUAAAGAGGACGCUCUUAUUGUUUUUGAGGAACAUAUCAGACAAGCUGAAAAGGAGCAUGCUGAGAUCAAAGAAGCAGAGGUAUGUGCUACCAGUGUAGGACCCAGAUGUUUAAAAAUUCUUUCUUCUAUAAUGGCUGCAAGUAAUGUUUUCAGUUUAUUGAUACCUACCUGUACUUGGUUUCCAAUUUUUUUAACGUUUAGUCAUUCAGAUUCAGCUUGAUU